UCCAGCUACAAAGAGACAAACACAAAGACACACAUGCAAAGAGACUCGAGACCAACACAAAGAUCCAACUACAAAGAGACAAAGAACAAAGAGACAAAUAAGACUCAACCCAAACCCAACACUGUUGUGUUAUUGUGCUAUAAACCCCCGACAAGGUUUGUUCAUUGUGUUCAUGAUAUUUUUAGGUGCCUUGUAAAUAAGACACUCACAGCUCAGCGAUAGUGAUGACGAGUGGGACCUUCCACAGCUGGCACGUCUCCCCGUGACUCGGGAACUCUUAAUCUACUCGUACCUGGAAAAGACGAGUCCUCCGCCGAGAGGACGGAAACCUGGCGGCCGCUCGCUGAGUUUUAAUCUUUGUUCUGGGUAAUCCGUUUGAUCCUCCGGUACACGCAGAGUCCCGUCUCACCGCCGGAAACUAAACGGGUCAACAGAAGAAGAAGAAAAGGCCACCGCUCUGGAAACCUAAAGGUUCACUGCCAAAAAAGAAAAGCCCACGCAAAUCCAGAGGCAUGCUGGGAGAACCAUGUCAAUAACAGGUGUUUCAGUCAGCUGUUAAUAAAAAAGGUCAUAGGUCACAUACUGUGUCCACAACAACCAAGUCAACCAAGUCCCAGAAGCCUAAUUAUUAAAGUAGUUAGGCCACAGGAAGUAUCUGAAUACGAUGGGACGUCACAUUGAGAAUCAUUAAAAGUGUGAUAAAAAAAGCUCCAGCCUGAUUUAAGCCGAGGAGCCGCUGACGUCUGACCGGAUUAACACACUCCGACAUUGUUUCUCAGCUGUUGAUGCUCAGCCUCUGAUUCGUAGGUGUCAGAGAGGUUGAGAAGUUCAGACUGUCCACAAUGAACAGAUUGAUGUUGUAUUUUGAAGUAUCGAGAGUCCGUCUUUCUGAAGGAGCCGUCGAUCCGAUCGACUCCGAGUGUCGGAUGUGGUGUGAUUUGGGCAAAUGGUGGCGCUAAAAACAACAGACUUCACAUUUAUGUCUCCAAAACUAAAUAUAAGCCACGCCCCUUUGACUAAUCUUCAGCCAUUUUUUAAUGGUGUCCAAAUCUUUUUUACACAUUUUGAACCAUCGUCACCAAAUUCGGGAGAGAACAUCUCUGAAUCAAGCAGGGGAAAGUUUGAUGUUUCAUACCAUUUUGGUAUAGAUGGCCCUCAAAGUUGGGUCAAAUGCUGUGGGCGGGGCUUCUAUUUACUAAAAAUAAAACGUCCUAUCUUUUGAACGCUUUGUGCCAUUGCAACCACAUUUGGUGUAAAUGUGUAGAAAUGAUCUCUGAGUGACCAUGACCAAUUGGGUGCCAUUUGACCAAUAGGUGGCGCUGUAGCAGCAUGGAAUCUCUGUGCUUUGCGUAUCUUUCAUGUCUUGUUGUUUUUGGUCUCUUUGUGGUCAUUUUGUGUCUUCAUGAUCAUUUUGUGUUUUUUGUGUCUCUUUGUGGUCAUUUUAAGUCUGUGUUAGUUUUGUGUCUUUAUUUAGUCUUUUUGCGUUAUAUCGAGAGCUACUUAUUUAUUUUCACCCCUCUAAUUUUAAUCUUUGUAACGUUUUCAUGUCGAAACACGUAUUUGUCAUGAAAAAUGAAAAUGAUAUAGAUGUUUAAACUCCCAGUGUUCCUGUCAAGUCAUUAUGGGUUUAAAUGGUUUAACUGGAUCACUACCAGUAGCGCAGAGCCUAUAAUAGACCAAUGUUGGAGAUAUCGCAAUACAGAAAGAAGCAUUAUGAUGUCAUCUUUCGGUUUGUCUUUGUACCUCCAGGGUUUUAGGUUUUCAUGUUAUUUAAAAAAAUAAUGACGUCUUUUCUCAGUAUUUUCACCAUAGAAAAUCUCUAAAAUUCUCUAAAUUGUACUUAAGGACACUACUUGCACUUCGUAACUGUUUAACGCUUCACUUUUUAAUGAAGCCCGUCGUCCUGCCUGUUGAAGCAUCCACACAUGACCUGGACCCGUCCGUGCCCCCCAGGACACCCAGGUGAGCCGUUACGUAACCUCCUUCCAGGGACAGCCCUCCUCCUCGGCUGAACCUCGGCAGAGUCACUGGACGUCGGCCGGCUCCAUCUUCCUGCCGCCGAGCCUGCGGAUUUCUAACCUUUUGGUGACUCUUUAUGUCGCGUUUCUUCGUCUGUCCAGACGGACUUCAGACCCCUUCAUCGAGCUCCGUCGUUGUUCUUUAAACAUCGGAGGUCAUCUGCUGGUUCCGUCUCUUUGUCCAAAACCCUUUUCCUUCAGGGUGAGAGUCCCUCGUUCUUCCUUAUCUUUUUUGGUUUUUCUCGGUGCACCCGUCGGACCGGACCAAUGGGGAACCACGGCUCCAACCUGGACGACAUCCUGGCGGAGGACAUGCACCACUGGUACAACAAGUUCAUGCGGGAGUCUCCGUCGGGCCUCAUCACGCUGUUCGAGCUGAAAGCCAUCCUGGGUCUGAAGGGCAUGACGGAGAACGCCAACAGCUACGUGGACCAGGUCUUCCUCACCUUCGACAUGGACGGGGACGGCUACAUCGACUUCGUGGAAUACAUCGCAGCCAUCAGUCUGAUGCUGAAGGGAGAAAUCAACCAGAAACUAAAGUGGUACUUCAAACUGUUCGACCAGGACGGCAACGGGAAGAUCGACAAGGAAGAGCUGGAGACCAUCUUCUCAGCCAUCCAGGACAUUACACGAAACAGAGACACCGACCCCGAGGACAUGGUCGCGGUCAUGUUUGAAAAGAUCGACGUGAAGGGAGAAGGUGAGCUGACCCUGGAGGAGUUCAUCGAGGGAGCCCGAGACCACGAGGACAUCAUGAACAUGCUGAAGAGCCUGAUGGACCUGACGCCGGUGUUGAUCAUCAUCGUGGAGGGCCGGGCGGGGUGAGAGCGCCGAGCCGGGAGGCGCAGAAAACGACCAAAGACUGAACAGAGCAGAAAUCCUGCAAUCCAGAGCCCCCCCUCCAAAACAUGUUUAAGAGUCACAAAGUAGGAGAAAAGACUUCGAGCGCUCCAGCUGCUCGUCUCCAAAAAACUAAAAAAAGAAUUCAUUUUUGGACAAAGAUAUCUUUGAAGAAGACUUUGAUCAUUCCGGUUUUUUUCCCAGCAGCUAAAAAAAAAGUAAAAUCAACCGUCUUUGAA